AUGGGAGGCUUCAGCAUCAAUGACCUCUUCAAGAGCAUGAAGAUGAGCAAAUCCAAGGUGAAGCCUGAAAAGAUCAUCGAAGAGGCUUAUGCUUGGCUGGAAACUGCAACUCUGUUGGCGGCAGUGGAUAUGGAGAUCUUUUCCGAACUGGCCAAACACGGCCCCAUGACCCAUCUUCAGAUCCGAGAACACAUGGAAUUAAACCCCAGAUCAACUCCUGAUUUCCCCGACACGUUGUUGGCAAUGAAGUUGUUGGAACGAGAUGGAGACGGAGACACGGCCCUGUACAGGUGCAGCAAGGAGACAGCUGUCUAUCUCGACAAGAACCGUCCUACUACGUACCUGGGCACUACCCUCAAGAAGGUCCUCAAGCUCUAUGUCCAAUGGGUGGACCACCCAGAGAUGCUCAAAGACAAGCACCAGAAGCAGCAAAAGUUGUCAGAGGUGGAGGAUCAGUUCCGUGCCUUGGCUGACUUCAACAUGCUCAAAGCGCAAUUCCAAGGCGAUGCGUCCGAGAAGGAAAUGAAGGUCACUCCCAAGUACAUCAUCAAGACCGCCUUUGCCUUUUGGACCUCUCGAAUGUUGCUGACUGCCUGUGAGUUUGGCCUCUUUACCCUUAUCGAGUCCGAACCCGGCAAGGAAUUGCCCAUGAAUCACAUCGCCAAGGCACUGGGGCUGCGCAAGAGCACCACUGCAGAGUUCCUUGACAACCUCGUCAAGAGUGGAAUGCUCAAGCGAAAGGGCAAGGAAGGUGAUCCCAACGCUCUCUACUACAACACAGCCAACUGUGCUCACUACCUGGACCGGAACAAGGAGAUGUACAUUGGAGGCCUCAUGGAGUUUUUUAGUGCGUAUCAUUAUGCCGCUGCUGGUGGUCUUGUCGAGACACUGCAAACUGGCGACUCUCAGUUGGCAGCCAAGGGCACGGAAAAAGACUUUUACGACGCCCUCUACCCACACGAGGGCGCUGCGGAAGGUCUGGCAGGUGGUUUGAUGAGUGUCAUGACCGAAGCCUCGGUUGUCUUUGCCAAGACAUACCCGCUCAAAAAGUACAAGACGGCAUUGGAUAUUACCGUCACGGACCGCGAGGAGAUGAUUCCUGCCACACAAAAGUUCAUCAAGGAACGAUGGCCCGAUGUGAAGGACCGCGUGAUCCCUCAAGUACACGAUUACUUGAAGGAACCGGCCCUUCCCAAGGCUGAUGUCAUCUCCAUGACCAUGGUGCUCCUCCAGUGGGGUAUUGACACCAAGAAAAUGCUGGUGCGCAAGGCCUUUGAGGCGUUGCCCGAAGGAGGAGUGUUGGUCGUUGUGGAUCACUUCAUUAUGGACGACGCCCGGCGCUAUGAUGCCUUUGGUUUGCGCAAGUCGUUGCUGAUGUUCCUCAUUCACGGUAACCAGGUAGGUGGACAGACUGGUGAUGAAGUGGGAGGUCGAACGUUCACCUGUGGAGAGUACCGAAGCUGGUGCCUUGAAGCGGGCUUCAAAAGGGUGGAGAUGGUUCCUUUGCCAGGCCAGCCCAUGCCCGCUGGAGUUGCUUACAAGUAG